AUGCCCUCCUGGCUCGUCAAGCUCGGCGCUCUCACGGUCCUGGCGCAGACCAUCUCAGCGGCUGAGCUGCACAUCAGGACUACCGACCCGCCCGCCAACAACUACGUGGAGCACUGCACGGUGAUCCUCAACGACGAACUCUUCGGAUGCAAGGGCAGCUCCAAGCCCUUCCCUAACGAGUGCGGCCAGAACUAUGGCGUCGAGACCAAGUCGAUCUGCGAUACCAUGUCCGUGACCAUCAACUGGGAUACUGCCUUGGUCAUGUUCGAUGACAACAAGGGAAACACCGCCAACUGCACGCUGAGCUCGGUAGAGACAGAGGGUCACUGUAACACCGACAACUCGACCGCAUACCCCGUUGAAGCUAACAACGCGGUUCACCUUUCCGCUGGCACUGCCCUCUGGGGAUUGGGGACAAUGGCUCUGGGGCUGUUCCUCUAA